AUGGCGCCAAUCACUUCGUCGGUGCAUCACCACCGGAGCACAACUAAAGCAAACCACAAGCCCUUCAAGAGCAAGCACGCUACCAAGAGUGCUCUCAAAGAACGAACAAGAGGCAAAAUCGAGACAAACGAGCGAGGAGUCCGGAAAACACCCCACCAGCAACUCAUGUCGAAGCUCGAUCGCAAAAACCAAGCUCGUCAGAAACAACAGGUGAAACGCCAGGAGAAGUCUCAGGCUGCCAGUAUCUUUGCCGGACAAAAUGGAGCUCCCCGUCAAGUCGCCAUUGUUCCUCUCGCCAAUAGUAUUGACGUCGCUGCCGUGAUCCGUGCUUUGAACGAAAGUGUCGAUAUUUCCGAAGAUGUCUCAAUUGAUCGCCAACUACGCAUUCGCGUCGACCGGUUCAAGCAGAAUAUUAUGUACAUUCCAGCAAAAUACGAUUUGAUACAUGCUUUGGAUGUGUGUCGUGUGGCCGAUUUCGUGAUUGUGGUUCUCCCAACAGACAUUGAGGUGACGGAGGAAGGAGAAACUCUUUUGCGGUCAAUUGAGAGCCAGGGUAUCUCUAACGUCCUUGUUGUGGCCCAAGGUCUGGAUAAGGUAAAUCCGCAAAAGAAACGCCCACAGAUCGUUUCUUCUCUCGUGUCGUUCAUGAAUCACUUCUUCCCCACGAUCGAAAAAGUCCUUUCACUCGACUCCCGACAAGAGUGCUCGAAUGUGGUUCGGAGUCUAUGCACAGCUACUCCAAAAGGUAUUAGAUGGAGGGACGACAGAAGUUGGAUGACAAUUCAAGAUGUGAAGUGGCCGGACGUACCAGGAAGUCUAAUUGACGAUGUUGUGGUCACCGGUGUCGUUCGGGGUAAAGGAUUAAAGGCAGACCGAAUCGUGCAUAUACCAGGAUGGGGGGACUUCCAGAUCGCAUCUAUAACAGCAGCACCCCUUGCAAACACAAAAGGCAAAAAGGAAGAUUCGAUGAACAUUGAUGUUACAGAGGCGCCUCAAGUUCUGGAUCAGCCAACUGACGAUCGUGAUGAUAUGGCGGUUAUCGCACCUGAGGAAAUCGAGAUGAAUGAUGAUAUGCUUUCAAAUCCAGAUGUGGAGAGACGAGGAGUAUUGCUUGACGACCACCACUACUUUUCCGAUGACGAAUCUCAUAUUCCCGCGCGUCCAAAGAGAUUGCCAAAGGGUACUUCGGAAUAUCAGUCUGCUUGGUAUCUUGAGGACGACUCUGAUUCCGCGUCCGAUAUGAUGGACGAUGAAGACGAGGAUAUGAAUAUGGAAGUUGAUGAAAUCGAGGGUCGUCCUGAAGACGGUGUGUUCCCAGACCAUGGCGAUGCCAUGACCGAAGGUGGCCCGUCAGAAUAUCCUCAAUCAGAGAUGUUCUUAGACCCAUCGCCAGAAGAUGAAGCAGAUCAGCUCGAGGACUAUCGUGCCAGCCGUCGAACUGAGGCCAAAGAAGAUUUGGAGUUCCCUGAUGAGAUUGAAUUACACCCCAAUGUCCUUGCCAGGGAGCGAUUGCAGAAGUAUCGUGGCUUGAGAAGUCUCAAAACUAGUCGAUGGGAGACAUCAGAAGAUCGACCAUUUGAACCGGAAGACUGGCGACGACUACUUCAAUUCAGCGAUUACAAAGGUAUCAAAAACAAGCUUAUUCGGGAGGCUCUUAUAGGCGGCGUAACACCCGGCACACGAGUCAAUGUGCACUUGAAGGCUGUGCCGUCAGUAUUGCGCAACAGUCCAUUGCCAGUUGCAUUAUAUUCUCUGCUUCGACAUGAGCAUAAGCACACAGUCAUCAACAUCAACAUGACAUUGAACUCUUCCGUCGAGAAGCCUAUCAAGUCUAAGGAGGAAGUCAUCAUUCAAUGUGGACCUCGCCGUCUUGUCGUCAAUCCAAUCUACUCCGACGCUGGAAAUACGCCCAACAAUGUACACAAGUUCGACCGAUACCUGCAUCCAGGUCGCAGCGCCAUAGCUACGUUUAUUGGUCCUGUAAUCUGGGGUGCGGUUCCGGUUCUAGUAUUCAAGAAUCAGGCCGUCGAGGACCCAGAAAUCCUCGACUCCACCGACAGCACCACUGCUGGAAAGACAUCUAACCGGCUGGAACUUAUCGCAACAGGCACAGUUGUUGCGCCCGAUCAUUCCCGAGUGGUUGCUAAACGAGCAAUCUUGACCGGUCACCCUUACAAGAUUCACAAGAAAGUCGUCACAGUGCGCUACAUGUUCUUCAAUUCCGAAGACGUCCAUUGGUUCAAGGCCCUUCAACUCUGGACCAGACGCGGUCGCAGUGGUUUCAUCAAGGAGAGUCUGGGAACUCACGGUUACUUCAAGGCCAUGUUUGAUUCCAAGAUCAACCCUCAAGAUUCCGUGGGAAUUAGUCUAUACAAGAGAGUGUUUCCACGCAGGGCUCAAGCUUUGGAGGAGGUUGAAACUGUUGCAUAA